AUGGACGCCACCCGCGCCCUCCUCCUGCCCCAGACCGACGGCGCCGUGCCCGGCGUAGUGGACUUCCGCGGCGGCCCCGCCCCGCACGCCUCCACCGGCCGAUGGUCCGCCGCCAUGUUCGUCCUCGGUGUGGAGAUCGCGGAGCGGUUUGCGUACCACGGGGUGUCGGCCAACUUCAUCAGCUACCUGACGGGCCCGCUGGGGGAGUCCACCGCCGGCGCCGCCGCGGCGAUCAACGCGUGGAGCGGCGUCGCCACGAUGCUGCCGCUGCUGGUCGCCUGCGUCGCCGACGCCUGGCUCGGGCGGUUCCGCACCAUCGUGCUCGCCUCCGUCCUCUUCGUCGUGAGCAUGGGCAUGCUGACCCUGUCCUCGGCGCUCCCGGUGUUCCACUCGGACGGGUGCACCAGCUUCACCUCGCUCUCGGGCGCGUGCUCGCCGUCGCCGGUGCAGGUGACCAUCUUCUACGUCUCGCUCUACCUAGUGGCGCUGGCGGAGGCCGGGCACAAGCCGUGGGCGCAGGCGUUCGGCACCGACCAGUUCGACCAGCACCACCCCGAGGAGUCCGUCUCCCGGAGCUCCUUCUUCAACUGGUGGUACUUCGGCAUGUGCUCCGGCACCGCCGCCACCACCAUGGCCUCCAGCUACAUCCAGGACAACAUCGGCUGGGGCCUCGGCUUCGGCAUCCCCUGCCUCGUCAUGGUCUUCGCGCUCGCCAUGUUCCUGCUCGGCACCCGCCGGUAUCGCUACUACACCUCCACCCAGUCCAGCCCCUUCGCCCGCCUCGCCAGGGCCUUCGUCACGCUCCUCAAAGGCUCCAAGUCCAGCCAAUGCGCCAACAGUACUCUUGCGGGCGAGGAUGGUGAGUUCAACGCGGAGCACCGGGAGGAAGUUCGGGGCCUGCUGCGGCUGUUCCCCAUCUGGGCGACGUGCAUCAUCUACGCCCUCAUCUUCUCCCAGUCGUCGACCUUCUUCACGAAGCAGGCGGCGACGCUGGACCGGUGGAUAGGCGCCACCUUCCGCGUGCCGCCGGCGGCGCUGCAGACGUUCAUCAGCCUGACCAUCAUCACCUUCAUCCCAGUCUACGACCGGCUCUUCGUGCCGGCGGCGCGGCGGUUCACGCGCCUGUCCUCAGGCAUCACCAUGCUGCAGAGGAUCGGCACCGGGCUGGUCCUCGCCCUGGUGGCCAUGGUGGUGGCGGCGCUGGUGGAGGCGAGGCGGCUGGGCGGGGCGAGGGAGGCCGGCCUCGUGGACGACCCCAAGGCGGCGCUGCCGAUGAGCCUGUGGUGGAUGGUGCCGCAGUACGUGUUGUUCGGGCUGUCGGACGUGUUCGCCAUGAUCGGGCUGCAGGAGUUCUUCUACGACCAGGUCCCCGACGCGCUGCGCAGCCUGGGGCUGGCCUUCUUCCUCAACAUCUUCGGGGUGGGCCACUUCCUGAGCAGCUUCCUCAUCUCCGCCAUCGACGGCGCCACCAAGAAGGGCGGCGCCAGCUGGUUCUCCAACAACCUCAACCGCGCGCACCUCGACUACUUCUACUGGCUGCUCGCCGGGUUGAUUCAGCGAAACGCAGGGGGUUUGUGAGAAAAUCCGCGCGCUGACCGGCCCAGCCACUUGGCGGCCAAUUGACGAGCUGUGAUUGGCCUGGGACUAAAACAUCACAUUGGGUGCAAGUUGAGGUAUGGUUUGGUUUAGUUUUGCGACUUUGGGACUAAAUCAUCACAUUGUAUGCAAGUUAGGGUACCUGGGGUGCUAUUACCUCAUACGGAAAAGGAAAGAAAUUAAAGAAAGACCACGCACCACAGUGAUGAGUGGUCACAGUAC